AUGGAAGAAGAGAUGAAACUGAUUAAGGAAGUUCUAAAAACGUGUGGGUUCAUAGCCGUGGAUACGGAGUUCCCGGGUUGUUUGAAGGAGACUCCUAUAGGCGCUACGGACGAGACUCGAUACAAGAAUUUGAAGUUCAGUGUCGAACGGACAAAACCUAUUCAACUAGGUUUCACUCUGUUUGAACGCGACGGAAGUAUCGGGGGUACGUGGGAGGUUAAUUUCAAGGAUUUUGAUGCGAGAACCGAUGCUUGUAACGAGAAGUCGAUAGAGUUUCUGAAACACCCGUCCCACCCCAUUCUCCAACCGGGGUUCCAGGGCGCGGGGUUUAGGACACACAUGUCUACUUUUCCGACAUCUCCGUGUGUCCCGUUUCUGGUCCCAUGA